CACGUCCGGGUUAUGAGACUUUGGCAAAAUAUCGCGAGAACACGAUGCGGAAGUGUCUUUUUGUGUAACACGGGUGAUGCGUUCACGUCCUCUGUAGAGGCACUGAACUGCUUCCAUGGCGGGACAAUUGAAGAGACGGCUUAAAGAUGGACUGAAGGUCAUUGGCUCAGGUAGCCUCCUGUUUGCCACUUACCUCACCGCCGUUGGAGAUGAGCGUUUCUAUGCCAACCAGCUGAUGCCUCUGCUGCAGAGGAUUGUGGGGGCAGAAACGGCACAUGUGCUCGCAGUCAAGAUGAUUGGAAUGGGCCUUGUUCCUCUGAACCGCUACCAGGAUCCUGCAUCCUUAGAGGUGAACAUACUCGGACUGAAGUUUAAAAACCCUGUUGGCAUUGCAGCCGGUUUUGACAAGGAUGGGGAAGCUGUAAACGGUCUGUACAAGUUGGGGUUUGGCUUUGUUGAGGUUGGGACAGUCACUCCAAAACCUCAGGAGGGGAACCCUAAACCACGAGUGUUUCGACUCCCUGCAGAUAAUGCAGUAAUAAACAGGUAUGGAUUCAACAGCUGCGGCUUGGCGGAGGUACAAACCCGGCUAAAGGCCAGAGAAGAAACACAGCAGCAGUUAACUAAAACUGGCCUUCCCCUUGGCGUCAACCUAGGAAAGAACAAGCUUUCCCAGAAUGCAGCGGCGGAUUACACAGAGGGGGUUAAAGCGCUGGGCCCGCUGGCUGAUUACCUUGUCGUCAACGUCAGCAGUCCAAACACGCCAGGUCUCCGAGAUCUACAGGGCAAGGCUGAGCUUCAGCAGCUCUUACGCACAGUGUUGAAGGAGCGCAACGCCCUGCAGGACUCACGCAAACCCCCCGUCCUGCUGAAGAUCGCUCCUGACCUCACUGCCCAGGACAAGCAAGACAUUGCUGACGUGGUGACGGAGCUGGGAGUGGAUGGUUUAAUGGUGUCUAACACAACUGUGUCCAGGCCUGAGACACUUCAGGACCCACAUAAGUGUGAGACUGGGGGGCUAAGUGGGCAGCCUCUCAAAGAACUGUCCACCAACACUGUGAGAGAAAUGUACAAACUCACCAAAGGAAAAGUGCCAAUAAUUGGAAUUGGAGGGGUUGCCAGUGGGCAGGACGCCAUGGAUAAAAUUCGAGCAGGAGCUUCGCUGAUUCAGCUCUACACUAGUCUGACCUAUCAGGGCCCACCUGUAGUCACGAAGGUCAAGAGGGAAUUAGAAGAACUUCUUAAAGAUCAAGGCUUCAGCUGUGUGACUGAGGCCGUCGGUGCCGAUCACAGGGACACAGAUGGGAGACGCUGACACUCCAGGGCUCGGAAACACCUGUCACUGCCAUUUCUGCAGAACAGCAACAAGACUGUCAGUCAGCUCCUCCUAAUGAAUCCUGGGGUAAAGUCAUUGCCCAUUUGUCCACUCUGAGGUCUUUUUUUUAAGAAUUCAUAUACCGUAGUCCUGUCUUUACACAGUCCUACAUGAAGAUUCAUCUGUAUUAUCAAAGAGCUGAGAUCGGCAUCUUGAUUUCAGUUUUUUAAGUGUUUUGUUACAGUGUAACAGCAAUCAGUGUUUCUUGCUUAAACUUUUCUGAAUUCAGGAUUUCUCACUUUCUCGCAGAUUUGUCAUUUGAAUGUUUUUAAAGUGACAAAGUACUUUAAAAACAAGGAGGACUUUGCUAUAACUGUCUUCUUUUAUUGUUUUAAUCAGGUACACACAUUUGUAAAUGUACUAAACAUUAAAAGAUAAAAGAAAUGCUUCCAAACAGUGAAAGUUUUUUUUUUUUACUUAUGUAUCACUGCAGCUACCACAAUCGUCAGAUAUUUGGAAUUUUCCCGAUUUGCAUGGAUUUGCUAUCCUAAUGCCUCUUUUGGUCCUUUUAGAGACAUUUAUGUCUAUUUUUUCUGUCUCUUAUUGAGGCAUUUUCUCAGUUUACGCCAGGAAUAGCCAGUGAUUAUGAGCUGGUGCAGUGAAGGGAGGCAGCGGUUCUGUGAGGAUCAGCUGUGAGCUGCAAGGCGCCUCCAUGUCCCUCUCCCGAGGCGAAGUCCAGACUGGCUUUAACGCCAUAUGCGGUUUCACAGCAAAGCCUUCCAGACAAGCGAAACUUUCUAAACUUCUCCAUGAUUGAGAUGUGCAGUUUCUUUAAAUAACUUUUAUCAUAGCUCGGAGCCAGCAAAAGGAGUAGCAUUCUGUCGCUAAAAUUUCUGGUUAAUUUGGGGCUAUGAGGAGUUACAUAAAUGUUAUUCAGAUGUUUAGGAUUGUAUGUGUUACAUAUAAAGUCCAUAAACUUAUAGUAUUGAUGUUAAGAUGGAGAUGGGAACUAAACUUGUCCAAAAAUAAUAAAAAUAC